CAGGGCUGUCAGUACGCGUCCAGCCGGGUCCCUCGAUCGUCCUCCGGUGCUAUGGCCGCCCCGCCGCAGCUGCGGGCUCUUCUCCAGGCUGUCAACACGCUGCUGCGCAAGCGCCGCUACCACGCUGUGUUGGCCAUACUUAAGGGCUUCCGGAACGGGGCUGUCUAUGGAGUCAAAAUCCGGGCGCCUCAUGCACUGGUCAUGACCUUUCUCUUCAGGAGUGGCAGUCUCCAAGAGAAACUGCAGGCCAUCCUGAAAGCCACAUACACCCACUCUUGGAACCUGGCCUGGUUUGUGUUCACCUAUAAGAGUCUCUGUGCCCUACAGUCCCGUGUGCAAGGCGAUACCCACCAGAUGCACCCUUUCCUGGCAGCCUUCAUUGGAGGCCUCCUGGUGUUUGGAAAGAACAAUAACAUCAAUAGCCAGAUCAACAUGUACCUGACGUCACGCGUCCUGUUUGCCUUGUGCCGCCUGGGUGUGGAGAAGGGCUACCUCCCUAAGCUCAAGUGGGACCCGUUCCCCUUGCACACGGCAGUGAUUUGGGGGCUUGUGCUGUGGCUCUUCGAGUAUCACCGUCCCACUCUGCAGCCCUCACUCCAGUCCUCCAUGACCUACCUCUACGAGGACAGCAACGUGUGGCAUGACAUCUCAGACUUCCUCAUCUUCAACAAGAGCCGCCCCUCCAAGUAACACAGCCCACGGUGCUUAAGGAACGCCUCUGCCCAGACAGCUUCCGGCAGUGUCCAACUGCUGCCCAGAGUAUGGUUCUGUCAGCACACUGUCGUGGAGGAUCCUGCCUUCUCAAAGUCAUGGACCUCACACUCCAACUUGUUUUAUCCCAGCCAGGGUUCCAUUUGCCGAAGGAAAAGCCCCGAGUGUGCACCUGCCAGGUACUUUUGAAUAGUCUAUGUAGCAAGUGGUGCACUAAGGAGUCUGGGGCUUGACUUCCGCUGCUCCUCUGACUCUGGGCCUCAGGCCAUUCAGUUCAGGGGAGGCCCCUUAGAGAAGAGUUUCUUUCUGGUGGGUAUGCUAGCCUUCCCCUGUGCUGUGUAUCAGAGGGCUCUUUGCUAGUGGGCAACAGGUUACAAAUACCUUG